UCCGGCCUUUUAUAUUUCCCGUUGGCGUUGACAGUAGCAAGCGGAUUUCCAGACCGACCUGCUUUGAGUCUCGCCGUCAUCAUGCUGUGCCCAAGGAAGGAGGCGGCGGCCGAGUUCAGCUUGUAGUCUGGCUGCCUGAAACACAGAAGUGAUGUUGCUAGGGGAAGUCUCCAAAGACCUUCUGACUCGGCCACUGACCCGGAAUGAAGUGUUUGCUGUCCUCCUUCGCCUGACUGUCUUUGGGACUGCCACCUACUUCAGCAUCAAGUGGGUAUCAGAUGCCUUGGACCCUACACGUAAGCAAAGGAUACAGCUAAAGAAAAAGGCAGAACACUUGAUGAAGCAGAUUGGGGUGGAAGGAGUGAAGCUGGCAGAGCAUGAGAUGAUCAUUGCCGCUCACCUGGUGGUUCCAAAGGAUAUCAAGGUAACUUGGAAGGACAUUGCAGGCCUAGAUGAGAUGGUCAGCGAACUCCAGGACACUGUGAUCAUGCCAUUCCAGCAGCAACACUUGUUGCAGCACUCCAGGCUGUGCCAGCCCCCAAGAGGUGUCUUACUUUAUGGCCCUCCGGGUUGUGGGAAAACCCUUCUUGCCAAAGCAACAGCCCAGGCCUCAGGAUGCAGGUUCAUAAACCUGCAAGCAUCUACGCUGGCGGAUAAAUGGUAUGGAGAGUCACAGAAGCUCACAGCUGCCGUUUUCUCACUGGCAACCAAGCUUCAGCCCUGCAUCAUUUUCAUAGAUGAAAUAGAUGCCUUUUUGAGGAACCGCUCCGAAGCUGACCAUGAAGCCACUGCCAUGAUGAAAGCAGAGUUUAUGAGCCUUUGGGAUGGUCUGGAGACUGGAACCAAUUGCCAGGUAAUGGUGCUAGGAGCAACCAACAGACCACAAGAUGUAGAUCCAGCCAUCCUGAGGAGAAUGCCAACUACCUUCCAGGUUGGCCUGCCUACACAAAGGCAGCGGCAGGAUAUUCUGAAGCUCAUUCUUGCUGGAGAAAAUAUGAGCAAUGCUGUGAACUUGAAAGAGCUGGCUGAGAAAACGAAAGGUUAUUCAGGAAGUGACCUGCGGGAAUUGUGCCGGGAUGCUGCCAUGUAUCGUGUGCGUGAUUAUGUCCGAAAGCAACAAAUGAAGCAGAUUGCUCGGAUGCUCCAUGACACAGACAUUGGUGAAGAAAGGGACCUGGAAGAGGAACGGUUGCGGCCACUGACCCACCUUGACUUGCUGUUUGCCCUAGAGAAGAUGGAGGAGUCCAAGGGUGUGUCAACUGCUGUGCCGACACUAGAAGAACCAGCUUUGGACUAAGCUGCUGAGAGACUGGAGACCAUCAACUUAGAAUAGGGUGCCCAGAGGUUAGAUUCAACUGUUCACUGUAUUUUUACUAGACUGGAGGCAAAGGCUGUAUAUGUAUAUGUGUGAGGUGAUAGAUAGUCUCAGAACACAGGCUCAGCACUUAGGAGGAAAGGUGAAAGGGAAGGGAAUCUGGGCCAAGCACACCCACCUUGGGUGAAGUGGGACAUCCCAGGCACUUGUAGGAAUGGAGAAGCUCAUGUCAAAAGAAAGAAGUCAGCGCAGUUAACAUUUGUGGGAGGGGUGGAAGUGUCACAGCUUUUCUAGCUGUGGGGAGCAGUGUAAUACAAGUGCUAAAGGACAACCACCAGUAAAACACAAUAUGGAGCUAUUAUUAUUGUGUAAGUAAGUAGCAAGGUAUGCUUAUAAAGUAGGCCUUAUAAAGUAGGGCAUUAAAACAAAUGCCUGGGACUAAGCAAGUAUUUAUUUCUGUUCCAAGUUUGCUGGCUGAGCCAUCCUGAACAUCUGUGCACAUGGCUCUUUACAAAAGAAGUCUUAUUUCCUUUUUUCUUUAGGUACGUAGUUCAUUAAGUUCAUUAUCACGGGGCUGCCAGAGAGAGAUCUGGAGAGGGAGGGAAGGGUCAGAGCAAGGCGAAGAGGCGUCUCUAGUCAGUGAUAGGGAGGGAGGGAGACUCAGCACUACUGAGCAGUUCUGGGACUGAAGGGGAGGGGCUGCCCAUUCCAUCUGCGCAGGGGAUGGAAGGAGGAGGAGGGUAGGAUUACCCAAAUUCCUCUGCUCGCAGAAAAGCCGUAAAUCUCCACUUCUGGGAUCUGAGAGUGACGGGUCAGACGCAUGAUAAAUGACUGUAACCUGUAUAUAUGUAUAUAAUAAAGAACUGUGAAUAUAUCUCGAUGUGAGCGGAGGUAUUUCUUGCGGAAAGCUUCUACAACCCCUUACACUCAUUUCCUCUACAGGAUCAUACACAAAAGCAUCUAACUAGUUACAGGUAGGUAGCCGUGUUGGUCUGAUGUAGUCAAAACAAAAUAAAAAAAUCCUUCAGAUACAUAUCUGAAGAAGUGUGCAUGCACACGAAAGCUCAAACCUAUGACAAACUUAGUUGGUCUCUAAGGUGCUAC